AUGCAAUAUUUACAAUUUUUUGUCGUAAGUGCAGUAUGUAAUGAGAUCUCUUUAAAAAACUAAUAAUUUGUAGUUGAUGAUAAUAACAGUGAUGCAGGAAGUUUAGUUUCAAUAUUAAUUCAUUCUACUUUUGGCUCCGUUUUUCUAAUAUUUUCAGCAGCUUUAUUAUGGUACAAUGAAAGAAGAUCAGCGAUUACAGAAUAUCGAUUAGUGAAUAUGAGAAAAAUAUGUAAAAAUGGAGAAUGUCAUGAAAUCGAUCAAGAAUUGAAUGGUGAACUUAUUCAUAUGCAAGGUAAUAAAAUAUGAAAUUUUAUUAGGAUAAACUACUACAGAUUAAAUUCUAGAAGAUAAUGAAUUUGGAAUAUCUUUGGCUUCAUGUAUUUAAUUAAAACGACACGUGGAAUAGCUAUAAUUUAUAAAAAUUGAGUUUAAAAAUAGAUGCUCUCCAUCAACAUAUAUAUAUGAAUUAUGCUGGAGAGCCGAUUAGAUUUGUAGUAAAGGAUUUCCUUCUGAAUACUAAAAUAAACCAGAACUUUUAUUAGUCGAAUCUUCAGCAAAAAUUAAUCCAGAUGUAAGAUUAGGAAAAUUUAAAUUAUGUGAAUAAAUGAAAGAAUAAUGUUUUAACUUUUAGUAUUUGCUUCCAGAUGAUACAUAAUUAUAAGCAGCAUUCAAAUAAUUUGGAAAAGAAUUUCCUCAUAUGUAUUAUAUACCUAGUUAUAAAGAAAAAUAAAAAAUUGUGAAGUUUAUUUAUGUUAAUUUGAAAAUUAAUCAACAGUUGGAGAUCUUAGAGUUUCUUUUUAAUAUGUUUUAUGUGGAAAUACAACAAUAAUUUCAAAAUAAAUAAAUAAUACAUUUGUGCCAUAUGUGAUAGAAGAUCAAUAUUAAUCAGAAAAGAGUUUACAUUCUGAUGAAUUUGAUUCAGAUUAAGGUUGUUGUACUGAUUCUUGGACCAGCAAAAUUGCUUAAUUUGCUAAAUCAGCUGAAAAACCAAUUUAAUAACUUUCAUGGAUUACAGAAGAUAUAUAAUCUUCAGAAUAAUUAUUCAAUUAAUAUUUUAUAAGAAAUUCUGAUUUAACUUAUUCAACUAGAAUAAAAUCUUUUUCAAUUAUGGUAUUUACAAUCUUAUAUU